UGUACUGGUCCCGUACAGGCUGUCGUUAUAUAAAGCCAGAGUGAUGAGGCCAGUCCACUCUCGAAGUCAUCAUGGCCCAGUCCGUUGCUUGGGUUCUUUUGGCGCUUGCCGCCGUUCAGGUGGCUGUGGCGCAUCCUGCCCACAAACCCGAACAGCGCGUCGGUGACGUCGGUGACGUCAUCGCCCGAGCUCUAGCGCAGGCCAUCCGUGCCAAAGCCGAGGCCGAGAGCGCACUGGAAGCCACUCUCCUGGCUGCGGCCGUCGGGGACCUGCCUGCGGCACAGGACGCCUCUGACAGGGCCAGCCAGGCCGGGCAGGCCGCCCUCCAGCAAGCCCAACUUGCGAAGACCAUCGCCGUGCAGGCGGCCGGUGGCGAGGUGUUGGCCUUGGGGCAGGAUGUCUCGACUGAAGUGUCCCUGGCAAGGGACGCCGCCGGCAAGAGCAUUGAAUGUGCUUUCAAGGACGCCGCAGAUGAGUUCGAGGACUUCGUCUGGCGAGCGAGGUCAAGCGGAGGACGCCUGCCCCGAUAUGAGGUGGACUCUGAAAUCCGAAAGUUCAACGGCUUGGGCACCUCGGCAGUCGUGGAAUUCAGCAAGAUCCUGGAUGCUUCCAUCCUAUCCUCGAAGCGCAAGAUAGCCGGUGCCACUCAGCAGAUUCAGCUCUGGGAGAUCGAAGUGAUUCAGGCAGCGCAGGCGGCCCAAGCCGCUUUGGCUGCGGCGGCAGCAGCCCGAGAAGCAAAUGCCCAAGCCACGACUCCACUGCCUACCCCGGCUCCCACUGAUGCCCCUACCGAGGCUCCUACCGAGGCUCCCACUGAUGCCCCUACCGAGGCUCCCACUGAUGCCCCUACUGAGGCUCCCACGGAUGCCCCUACCGAGGCCCCCACGGAUGCCCCUACCGAUGCUCCCACUGAUGCCCCUACCGAGGCUCCCACUGAUGCCCCUACCGAGGCUCCCACUGAUGCCCCUACCGAGGCUCCCACCCAGGCUCCUACUGAUGCUCCCACUCAGGCUCCCACUGAUGCCCCUACCGAGGCUCCCACUGAUGCUCCCACUGAAGCCCCCACUCAGGCUCCCACGGAUGCUCCUACUGACGCCCCCACCCAGGCUUCCACGGAUGCUCCCACUGAUGCCCCUACCGAGGCUCCCACUGAUGCCCCUACCGAGGCUCCCACUGAUGCCCCUACCGAGGCUCCCACUGAUGCCCCUACCGAGGCUCCCACUGAUGCUCCCACUGAUGCUCCCACUGAGGCCCCCACUCAGGCUCCCACUGAUGCCCCUACCGAGGCUCCCACUGAUGCUCCCACUGAAGCCCCCACUCAGGCUCCCACGGAUGCUCCUACUGACGCUCCCACGGAUGCUCCCACUGAUGCCCCUACCGAGGCUCCCACUGAUGCCCCUACCGAGGCUCCCACUGAUGCCCCUACCGAGGCUCCCACCCAGGCUCCCACCCAGGCUCCCACCCAGGCUCCUACUGAUGCUCCCACUGAUGCCCCUACCGAGGCUCCCACUGAUGCUCCCACUGAAGCCCCCACUCAGGCUCCCACGGAUGCUCCUACUGACGCCCCCACCCAGGCUCCCACGGAUGCUCCCACUGAUGCCCCUACCGAGGCUCCCACUGAUGCCCCUACCGAGGCUCCCUCUGAUGCUCCCACUGACAGCCCCACCGCUGCUCCCGUGAACAUCCGUGGAAAGCGAUCAUUUGAUGUGGACCCCUUUGAAGCAGCUAAGCGAGUUCUUGCAGAAAUUGACGCGGAUUACAGUGAUUUUGCUACGUACGCAAAGUACUAUGCAGGCAGCGUCACUAAGGAUGCGUUCGGCACUGCGGCCGCCGUCCUGGACUAUAUCAGGGUGUACAACGGACCUGAUGACGUCAUCGACGCCACGACCAAACUGCUGUAUGGAAGUGACGACAUAACCGGGGCCGCGGAUGACAAGUUCUUGGACGUCGACCAAGCUGUUGCAGAGGCGAUCAAGUGCCUCCAGAAUUAGAUCAGAUUGAGAGGUUACAUUGUUAAAAAUUUUGUCGUUAAUUCGCAACAUGUUUACUGCUAGUAACUUCUUUAGCUACGAAAUUUGUUUAGGAACAGACAUUAUUGGAUCAUUACUGAAUUGCAACAAAACGAUAAUUCAACAACGGCAACCUUGUGAUAAGUUAAUAGUCCCCCUUCAAAAACGUGACAUUGACCAUCAGCAAAUGUUGUUAGUGCCUGUGACAAGUGUUGUAAAUUUUAAAAAAAUGGUACAGGGACAAUUA